CCCGGCAUACAUUUAUUUUUCUUAAACAUCAAACAGUUUGGAAGUUAAAACACAAGUCUCUUUGUGCAGGGAGUGGACUUGAGAGUGUUUCAACCAUGGACGCUAAAGGGCCAGACGAGAAUACUAGACAGAGAAAUGGUAUAUUAAAAUCGCCAAGUUCAGGAUUUAUUGUGAGAGGAAAUGGUGCCGGUGGUAGACGUGGCAGUUUGUACGCCAAUCUCCAGCUUCCAGCCAAGCCAAAGAGACCGCACAUUCCGACUGGCGAAGAUAUGAACGAGGAGGAGGACAAUACCCAUAAUCUUACCGACACAGAAUACUUCCCGGUUGACAUUGUGCAGAAUGUACUUAACAGUGUCAAGGACAAGGGUCACAAAAGUCACAAUAUCUUCUGUCAGUUGGACACCUUAAAGACAUUCAUGGGAAACUGGGAGUGGAGAGAAACAGCAAGAUGGGUAAAGUUUGAAGAAGUUGUUGAGGAGGGAGGAAAACGGUGGUCCAAACCGCACGUGGCUUCCUUGUCAAUGCACGCUAUGUUGGAGACCAGGAAGAUGAUGAUGGAGGGAAGCCUUCUCUUAGACUUGGAUAUAUUCACAAUGGGGGAGAUGGCAGAUGCACUGUUGGAUCACUGGAUUGACAACGAUCAUUUGGAUCACAAGCUGAGACAGUACAUGCGGGACAUUUUGUUGAGGAAACACAAACACAGUCAUAACCCCCGUCCUAAGGAGGAAAAGAAAGAAGCGAAGAAGAUGGAGAGUGUUGCCAGUACCACGAGUCUAACAAGUAUGAACUCCUACCCGAGCUCAUCUGACCUGGAGGGACUCGUCUCUCAAGAUUACAAGCCGAACAGUAAUUUCAUGAAGAAGAUUCCGAAGGGUUCUGAGGUGUGUAAUAUAAUGGUAGGAGAGCUUGACGAGCUGCACACCCCUAUCAUAGGCCUGAUUAGGCUUAAAGAGGCCCGUCUUCUUGAAGGAAUUUCCGAAGUCAAGCUGCCAACCAGAUUCGUGGCAUGCAUAUUUGGACCACGUGGUUUCACAAACGCAAGAGAAGUUGGUAGAUGCAUUGCAACCAUGAUGACCGAUGAUGUGUUCAAGGAAGUUGCUUACAAGAGCCGAAAUAUUAGCGACUUAAUUGCCGGUCUAGACGAGUUUGUUGAACAAGUGACUGUUCUACCUCCUUCAGAAUGGAACCCAAAGAUUAGAAUUGAACCUCCGCAAAAAGUGCAAUCUCAGAUGCAUAGACGAAUGUCGUCUGCUCAGUUACUGGAUUAUAAAGGUGACGACGAUGAUGAAGGUGGGCACGGGGAUGAUCCUACCCUACAGAUGUCAAAAAUACCGUUCAAUGGCCUUUACAAUGAUAUAAAGCGAAAACUACCCUGGUACUGGUCCGAUUAUAAAGACGGAAUUCACAUACAAUGUCUGGCCGCAUUUGUGUACGUGUUUCUGGGAACGUUCACGCCAAACGUAACCUUUGGUGGUCUUCUGGGUCAGGCAACAGACCAGUAUAUGGGUGUAAUGGAAUGCAUUUUCGCUGCCGCUGUGACGGGUAUCCUGUUUGCUCUGUUUUCUGGACAGCCACUAAACAUCCUGGGUAGUACUGGACCUAUGUUGGUGCUGGAGACCAUCAUAUACAAUCUGUGCAAAGAUAAUGGCUGGGAUUUCAUGCCUGCACGUGUUUGGGUCGGAUUCUGGACAUCGGCGUUUAUCCUACUUAUUGUGAUCUUCAACUUGAGCGCCUUGGUGAAGUACAUCACGCGCUUUACAGAGGAGAGUUUCGCCACACUUAUUGCAAUCAUCUUCAUAGUGGAGGCAUUCAAGAAGCUCUUUGAAAUUGAGACAGAUUACCCAGUUAACUCGGAACCUGACAAGUUCAUAUCAACAAACUGCUCGUGCAUUGAACCAAACUGCUCGGCUCUACUCACAACCACAGUAGCUUCAGUAGUGAGCAGCACCCCAGUAUCGACAGUCACCAGGAAUCUGACCGAAAUCUGUGCAAACAUUACCUACAAAGAAUCCAUGAACGAGACAAUCGACUGGCUCAACCUCAAUGCUACUGAGUGCGUGGACAACGGCGGUCUAUCCAUUGGUGAUGGCUGCAAUCCACCACAUUACGUCGCUGACGUGUUUUUCUUCAGUGUUCUCCUGUUCCUCGGUACAUUUGGAAUCGCCGUGGCACUGAAGGACUUCAAGAUGACCACUAUAUUCCCGACGUUUGUCAGACAACUGAUCAGUGAUUUCGCCGUACUUCUUUCAAUCAUCCUCUUUGUGGUGAUCGACAUACUCGUCGGUAUCAACACACCUAAACUGCUUGUACCAGAAAAGUUUGAGCCAACAAGAAGCGACCGCGGCUGGUUAAUCAACCCAAUCAGUGACAAGAACCCCUGGUGGCUGGCUAUUGCCGCUGCUGUACCCGCCCUACUGUCCGUCAUCUUGAUCUUCCUUGAUCAGCAAAUCACCGCUGUCAUUGUCAACAGGAAAGAAAACAAACUUGUGAAAGGAGUCGGCUACCAUUUAGACAUGUUUGUUGUUGCCAUCACUGUAACAAUUCACUCACUUCUUGGACUGCCGUGGUACGUGGCCGCCACUGUGUCCGCACUUGCUCAUGUCAACAGCUUGAAGAAAGAAUCCGAGUGCACAGCGCCUGGAGAGAAACCACAGUUCCUUGGUUGCAGAGAAAACAGAUUGACUGCUCUCGCCAUUGGAGUUCUUAGUGGAGCCGCCGUCUUCAUUACUGCUGUAUUAAAGGUUAUUCCUAUGCCUGUGCUGUAUGGCGUGUUUUUCUAUAUGGGCUUUUCUGCCAUGAGAGGUAUGCAGCUUGUCGACCGUCUGUUCUUGUUUGUUCAACCAAUAAAAUAUCAACCUGACCUGACCUACCUUCGCCACGUCCAGUUGUACCGGGUACACAUUUUCACAGUUGUCCAAGUAUUGUGUCUUGGUGUCCUCUGGGCCGUAAAAUCUGUCAAAGCCAUCUCUAUUGGUUUCCCACUUAUGGUGCUCGCAACUGGUGUGGUAAGGAAAAUGUUGGAAUGUUAUUAUUCGCAAUUUGAGCUGAAAUACCUAGACGAUUUACUUCCGGGAAAACACGCUGAGAAACCAGACGACAAGGAGAAAAUUAUUGGAAGGACAUCAGAAAUGUUCCCAUCACUUGACUCGCCUGCAAAAUUAAAACAGGUGAACUAUGCUUUCGAUGAACCCCCGGCGUACAAAUCUGCCCUGACGAAUGGAGAGAAGAAGAAGCCCGUGUUCUUUGUUGACGAGAAUGAAGAAUCCAAAAUCAACAACACCACAUCUCACCUGUAGACAUGCAUUUGACAUUAUUUGUGAUAAGAAAGUUUGCAGACUUUCAAAGCCAUUUUCUACCUGAUGUCUUCCGAAAAAAACUUACAAUACAAAGUGUAUAUGUGCAAUUUUUAUAUGUGUAUAUGUGUGUUUUUGUCAUAGGGAUGUAUGCAAGAUUUUCAUUUUUUUUUUAGUUUUAUAUUUGAAUAUAUAGAAAAAAAUGUCAAUUGCGUGUAUUCGGGUUGUUCAGUACAAAAGUGUACAUCAGUUCGUUUAAUAAUUUACAACCUGGAAAAAAAAUUCAAACAUUUUAAAUAUACAGUUCCUCUAAUGAUGACUGUGGCUUUAUGUACAUCGUUGUGUUAGACGAGUCGGAGUAUAGCCAUACAACAGAAGAGUUCAAUAAAUAAAAGAUGCUUACAAAUUCAUUAUACACAUACCUUGUGCUUAUCUGAAAUCCAGUUUCUUAAAAGGAAACAACUUCAUAGAUAUUCUUUCGCACUUUCUUAUUGUGUAAAUAUUUUUGUCGUCCUAGUAAAUGACUAGAUACAUGUUAAAACUUCAUCUCUUUAAAACAAAACAACCUUGCAGUGAUAUUGUUGACGCAUUUACCAUAAAACGCAGUAUUUUUGGAAGCUGAUAAGUAUAUUUUAAAAAAGACUUUUCGAAAUCAUUUAUAUAAUUUACAAAUAUAUAUAUAUAUAUUUACAACAAAGUUGCAAAGUAGCAGUAGUAUUUUUAUAAAGUUAUUACUCAAAUAGAUUCUAAUUAAAACUGUUUUCUGAAUACAGUAAAAAAUACUCAGAAUAUUUGAAAAUUUAUAUUUACAUAUUUUUAUAUAGAUAAUUUUACCCAGCAUUAUUUGUGUUACCCACGCCUGUCGCUUUUCGUUAAAAUUCUUAUUUCAGGUAUAACCAAGAUAGAGAUAUUUUAAUGAUUUUGUAAAUAAUAUUGUAAAUAUGUUUUAAAUUUUUUAAUUUCAUUAUGUAAUCAUUUUUUACUUACCAGAGAAUAAUUGUUAUCUAAAGAGAUAUGAUUUGGAAAUGAUACAUGCUGUGGUAAACAUUAUAAGCCAGUAUAUUAUGUAAAUUUAAUGGCACUGUUAUUGCAAAUUAUGCUAUUAAUGUGAAAUUUCGGGCGCGGUUUUCUGUUUUCUACUUUAUACGUUGUGGGUAGAUUAACUAAAACAUUAAAUACAUUUUUCUUGUUAUUUUGAUUUUUAUAGCGAUCUAAUGUCGUUUACUUAUAGAAUAAUUAAGGCUUUCCCGUGGUUCAUCGUCCGUUUUAGCAUGGUCCAGGAUUCAGAUACGCAUAAAUUGAACCACGAGGGUGUAGCUCUAGUGGUAAAAUAUCCAUAUAUCUGAACCAUAAACCUCAAGAAUGACUUGAUUAUUUUAUUCUUACAUACUCGUUGAAAUAUUAUGAUGAAAUUAUGCUGGACUUAAUUCACACAAGUAUUAAUGAAACGGACGUCAUACGGCAGUUUGUCGUCAUGAUUGAAACCGUGUAAUGUUCUCACACCGGUCGGCGGGUAAAUCGUUGUUUCUCGCAGAAUAGACAACGUCUCACUUCCAUCUUUGUUUUACUGACAAAACAAAUUGAGCCUUGUUAGAAUAUGCUGCGACAGCUUAAUUAUGAUUUCAGAGAUCUGACAAAAUAAAAAUAUAAAAAUUAAA